AUGGAGUGUGCCCUCCAAGGAGAUCUCCAGCCCUCUGGUCUGGAACAUCUGGAGUCAGUGGCAGCCUCAGUGAGAGACUCCCCUGCCAUCCUGUCUUCUCCACAGAAAAACCGAGUGAUUAUGAAUGAGACUGAAAGAGCACUUCAGGCUCAGGCUUCCAAGAGGAAGGGCUUGAGGCUGGGGCCAGGACCAGUGCCUUCAUGCGCCAAGAUGGGGGUCAUGUUGUUCUUGAGAAUGAUUUUUCUGCCCAGCAUGUACUGUGACAUAAAAUCGGAAUAUUACUCCUCCUAUGAAAUUGUCAUCCCACAGAGUUUGACAGCGAAGGGAAGGGAAGACCCAGGAGAAGAGGCGUCAUACAUGCUACACAUACAGGGCCAGAAACAGGUGAUUCACUUGAAGGUGAAGAAAGACUAUUUCGUGAGUAACUUUCCAGUAUUCAGCUACCACAACGGGAUCCUGGGGCAAGAAGUGUCUUUCGUCUCACAGGACUGCCACCAUGAAGGCUACAUAGAAGGCGCCCCAGGCUCUUUUGUUUCUGUCAGCCUCUGUUCAGGCCUCAAGGGCAUCCUGAUUAAGGAGGGACAGUCCUAUGGCAUUGAGCCCAUGGAGUCUUCAAAACAUUUUGAACAUGUGCUGUACACCAUGGCACACCAAGCUCCAGGCUCCUGUAGCGUCACCUCCGACAGGAGUCCAGGGGUGUCCACCAGCCAGCAACGAGGGACCUGGAAGCCUCGUCACCGACAGGCACCUUCCUACUUGUGGUCACACACCAAGUACGUGGAGAUGUUUAUUGUGGUCAACCACCGGCGCUUCCAAAUGUGGGGCAGCAACGUCAGUGAGACAAUCCAGGGAGUGAUGGACAUCAUUGCUCUGGCCAACAGCUUCACUAAGGGAAUAAACACAGAGGUGGUGCUGGCUGGGAUGGAGAUCUGGACCGAGGGGGACCUGAUAGAAGUCCCGGUGGACUUGCAAGUUGCGCUCAGGAAUUUCAACCGCUGGAGACAGCAGAAGCUCUUCCAGCGUGUGAAGCAUGAUGUCGCCCACCUGAUUGUCGGACAUCAUCCUGGACAGAACGUGGGACGGGCAUUUCUCAACGGUGCCUGUUCCGGUGAUUUUGCAGCAGCUGUUGAAUCCUUCCAUCACGAGGAUGUCCUCCUGUUUGCCGCACUCAUGGUCCACGAGCUGGGGCACAACUUGGGUAUUGAGCACGACCAUUCGGCCUGCAUUUGUAAAGAUAAGUACUUUUGCCUCAUGCAUCAAAAUAUCACAAAAGAAAGUGGCUUCAGCAACUGUAGCUCUAACUUCUUUUACCAGUUUCUCCGUGAUCGCAAAGGGGCGUGUCUGUUUAACAAGCCAGGGCACAAAGGUCGCACGCGUAGGGAUGCCAUCUGUGGAAAUGGGGUGGUGGAGGACAUGGAGGAGUGUGACUGUGGUCCUAUCUGUGACAGUCACCCAUGUUGUGACCCAAUAUGCAAACUGAAGCCAGGAACACAGUGCAGUGAAGGACUCUGCUGCUCCGAGUGCCAGCUGAGAAAGAAGGGAUACAUGUGUCGUCCUGCUGGGGAUGAGUGUGACCUCCCAGAGUACUGUCAUGGUGACUCUGAAGAAUGUCCUACAGAUACCUAUAAGCAAGAUGGCACACCCUGUGACAGAACUAACUACUGCUUUAGGGGUCAGUGUAAGAACCCUGAUAAGCAGUGUGUGGCUAUUUAUGGGCACCAAGCCAGGUCUGCCUCAGAAGACUGUUACCAGUCAAUGAACAGCAGAGGAGACCGGUUUGGGAACUGUGGCCGUCCCUCAGAGAAUGACCCAGUUUAUAUUAAGUGUAUAGAUGAUGAUAUAUUCUGUGGGAAACUUGUAUGUACAGAUAUUACAUACUUACCAUCAAUCAAACCCCUACACACACUGAUCCAAGUCCCUUAUGAAGAUAACUGGUGCUGGAGCAUGGAUGUCUUUAAUGGUUCUGACAUCCCUGAUGAGGGAGACAUACGGCCUGGAACUUACUGUGCCCCAAACAAAGUCUGCAUGAAUCACUCCUGCGUGGAUCACGCGGUGUUGAACUACAGCUGCAAACCAGCUGAAAUGUGUAAUGGGAAAGGAGUGUGUAACAAUUUAAGACACUGCCACUGUGAGCCUGGCUUUGCCCCUCCCGACUGCAGGGCAGCAGGAGAUGGAGGUAGUGUGGACAGUGGACCCCCCACGAAUCCUGAUGCUGAAAGCAGACGUGCAAGUGAAAGAAGAAUUCACAGUCCUGUUGGUGCUAAUGCCCACAGACGGGACGAGAACGAAAACGAAAACCAAAGCCUUGGCAAGACAGUGCACAUACUCCCCUUGUUUCUUAUUGUAUUAUUUUUAGGUCUACUUAUUUUUGCCAUCCUGAGGGACAGAAAGCAGUCUUCAGAGACCCAACAAGAGUCUGUAGAAAAUGCCCCAGAAGCAGCCCCAGAAGAGCCUGCACCUGAAGAGGAAGUAGCCAUAGACGGAGGACAAGAAGAACAAGAGGCAGAAAAUGAUUAG